AUGGCCCCGCCCAACACACUCACAGCACCUGCGGCAGGCAGGCGUAGCUUGAAGCGCAAGGCGUGUUUGCGGUGCACCAAGCUGAAGCGGAAAUGCGAUAAGUCGGCCCCUUUUUGCGUCCGCUGCUUGGAGACGGGCGUCGCCUGCCACUACCCUCCGCUCCGAAACCCGCUGCGCCAUCUGCUGGACCAGCUCCAAGGCACGUCUGAGCGCUCAGGCCUCGUCCAGAUUGACCAAGCUUUCUGGAGCGUCGGACAGAGCAGCAAUGUCGGUGCGAGGAGGGAGGCGGACCCUGUCGACUCGCCCAUCGCCAUCACAAACGACUUUUGGUUCAUCUGUCCCGACACGUGGCCGCGCCAGUACGGCCUCUACCCCCUGCACUCGGACGCCGACAAGAAGCCGGCCGCCAGCGACGACACGCUGGCGCACUUUGUGUCCCUGCUGCAGACGUGGAUGCAGGCCUGGACCACCGACGGCCACAGCGUCCUCAUACACCGUCACCUCUACUCGCAGGAGGUUCCCACCGUAAUCCAAGACGCCCUGACGGCCCUGGCCGCCUACCACGCCGCGGCGGCCCACGGCAGCGCCAAGGGCGUGGCGCUGCGCAUCGUGCAGGAUCGAGCGCGGCAGCUGGUGGACGCGCAGCGGCAGCUCGAGCAGGCGCAGGUGGACGCCGGGAUCGACUUUUGCCCACACGACGUGGCCAACGGCGUGCCCUUCUGCCCGCACGGCGCGCCGUGCAUCGCCGUCGCCACGCCUGACCACCUGGCGCGCACCCAGGCCCUGUUCGUCUACCAGCUGGUGCUGCUCUUCGACGGCGACAUCCGCUCGCGCGCCCUCGGCGAGCAGCACGUUGAGAUGCUCCACAAGUGGGCCUGCCAGCUUGUUGAGAGCACCCGUCUUGACGCUGUUGCUGCCGCCCGCUUGUAUUUUGUCAACAGCCUCUGUCUCGACGACCGGGACGGGGUGAACGAGCCCGACACGCGGCAGACUCACAACGGGUCGCCGGCGCUGGCGCACGCGGCGUGGGUGCUGGCCGAGUCGGUCCGGCGCGUGUACCUGGCCGCCGAGCUGAUGCAGUCGGCGUUUCAGACGCUCAAGACGGGCCGCCCGCGCUACAUUGUCGACGCGCCCUUCUCCGCCAAGGCCAGCCUGUGGGACGCACCGUCGCCGGCUGCCUGGCUGGCUGCUGUCGAGGGCCGGCCUGCUGGUGCUCCUGGGGCGACGGGGGCAAAGACGUCGCCCGUGCUGCUCAUGGUCAGCCGCGACGGCGCCUGGCGCAUUAUGGACGAGGCCGCGCCCGACCAGGUCGACGACUUUGCCCGCGCCGUGCUCGAGAUGACGUAUGGUCGAGAUAGUGUCGAGACGUGGCUAGUUGGUAGGCGCGCGGCGGUGUCGGCGCGGUUCGCAUAA